AUGGUCCACGCGGAGUGGAUAUCUCGCACCUGCGGCCCCGACGUCGAUCUGUCGGGCUCAAGCUUCUCCACGGGCCUGCCGAACGUCUCCGUUUGUGUACAGCACACACUACUCGUCUGGGCUUUCCUCAUCCAAUCGUCACGAAAUGCUCAACGAUAUCCCCCGCUGCGACUCGGUACCAGCAUCUGGCUGAAAGGGUUGUCAUCAUUGGCUCUUGCUUUGGUAUCGUUCGCUCUCUUCAUCUGGGUGCUUUUCAAUUCCGAUGGUAAACACGCUGCCGAUUAUUUGUAUCCAGCCCUCUUGGCCGUCACAUGGGCCGGUAUGACGAUCUCUCACGGAGUGCGGGUACGAUGUGGCAUGGUCUCUUCGGGUAUUAUCCAUAUUACCUCUGCCUUCUUCACCCUUCUAUCCCUGCCUGAGAUGUACGAAUGGGCACGGCAUUUGCACGAGAAUACGGUUCCGGAUGGUGAAAUGUUCCGAUGUGUGCUUUACCUGAUUUACUGCCCGCUGCUUUUCAUCCAUACAAUUGUCAUGAUGUGGGCCGAUCCGCGAAAUAUGGAAUAUUCUGGGGAGAAGCGACGUUGCCCAGAACUGGAGAGCUCGUUUUUCUCACGGCUUACACUUUGGUGGUUCAAUCGGAUACCGAGUAUCGGCGCCAAGAAAGACCUCGAAUUGGAUGAUCUCGACGAUUUGAAUGAGGGCUCGACGACAGAAUAUCUAUCCCGGCAGUGGAACAACGUCUGGGAGCCUAAGAUUUAUGAUUACCAACAAAAGGCAAAAGCGCAUGCUGACGGUGCCCCGAUGCCGGGCCCUCCCUCCGUCAUCGCCGCGCUAUUCCACAUCUUCAAGUGGGAAUUCCUCUCGGCCGGCGGCCUGAAGAUCAUCUCCGACACGCUGCAAUUCGCCAACCCCUUCUUGCUCAAUGUUCUCAUCGGCUACAUCUCGGAAAAGGACGCGCCGCUUUGGCGCGGUAUCGCCUAUGCUUUUCUGAUGUUUGGUGCCUCUGAGUGCCGUUCAUUUGUGCUCAACGCUUACUUUUACGUCAUGUUCCGGAUGGGGAUCAAGUUCCAAACUGUGCUAACGGCUGCUGUCUACCAAAAAACACUCAAACUCUCAAAUUCGGCGAGGAAGACGAAGACGGUCGGCGAAAUCGUGAAUUUAAUGGCCAUCGAUGUCGAGCGAUUCCAAAUGAUUACCCCUCAGAUUCAACAAUUGUGGAGUUGCCCCUAUCAGAUAACGCUCGCCCUCGCCUAUCUCUUCUACACGCUUGGAUAUUCCGCUAUUCCUGGAGUCGUCGUGAUGUUGGUUUUCCUUCCGGUCAACAUCUUCUCUUCAAUGUUUGUCCGGAAGUGGCAGGUUGAGCAAAUGCGAUGGAAAGACGAGCGCACAAAGCUCGUGAAUGAAAUGCUGAACGGGAUCAAGGUGAUCAAACUCUACGCCUGGGAAGUGCCGAUGGAAGAGCACAUCGACGAGAUCCGCCAGAAAGAGCUGUCGCUCAUCAAAAAGGCGGCCACCGUGCGCAACGUGCUCGACUCGUUCAACACGGCCAGCCCGUUCAUCGUGGCGAUGUGCUCAUUUGCUACCUACACGCUCACUUCUGGCGCUCACGCACUCACACCGCAAGUGGCCUUCGUGUCAUUGACCCUCUUCAACCAGCUUCGCUCGCCGAUGACGAUGAUUGCGAUGCUGAUCAAUCAAAUUGUCCAAGCCAUCGUCUCGAACAAGCGCCUCAAAGAAUUCUUCAUCGCCGACGAGCUGGACACGGCAUCGGUGGAUCGUGAUGAGAAUAGCAAUGCGGAGAAACGCGUUCUGGAGAUGAACCAAGUGGAUGCGACAUGGGAUGUUGAAGAAGGAGGAAAUACCUCUGGGUUGCAAGGCAUCAACAUGGAAGCCGAGCGUGGCGCCCUUGUUGCUGUCGUGGGCCGUGUUGGCUCCGGGAAAAGCUCGCUGGUCAGCUGUCUACUAGGUGAAAUGCACAAACUGCGUGGUCUGAUCGGCGUCCGGGGUCGUGUUGCAUAUGUACCGCAACAACCGUGGAUCCAGAAUCUGACGCUGAAAGAAAAUAUCCUCUUCGGACGGCCCUAUGACGCACGGCGAUACCAUCAAGUGAUCGCGGCGUGCGCGUUGAAGCCCGAUUUGAAGAUUCUGCCACAUGGUGACAUGACGGAGAUUGGAGAAAAGGGCAUCAACCUCUCUGGCGGUCAAAAAUCACGAGUGGCCCUGGCUAGAGCGGUGUAUCAAGACUGUGAUGUCUACCUCCUCGAUGAUCCCCUGUCAGCUGUCGAUUCCCAUGUUGGCAGACACAUUUUUGACGAGGUUAUUGGCCCGAAAGGAUUGCUGAAGGACAAGACCCGCCUCCUCGUCACCCACGGACUCACCUUUAUCCGCAACGCCGACCCGAUCAUUGUACUAAAAGACGGACAAAUUGCCGAACAGGGCACUUACGACGAGCUGGUCGAUAUUGGCGGCGCUUUUGCGGAUUUUGUUAGCGAGCUAAAAUCGAAGAAGAGCGACGAGGAUGAGGAUACUAUAUCGAUAGAAGCGGAGCAAAGAAAAGAACAGCUUGAUGACUCCGGUGAUGAAAGCCAAAAGCUGAGCCCGUUGAUAAACACGCAAGUAUCCGUACUAUCCACGAAAUCGGCGGCUGAAGAUUUCUCCAAGAAGUUGAUUCAAAAGGAAAAGGCCGAACAAGGACGGGUGAAAAUCAACAUCUACCGCGACUACGUCCGUGCCGCCACUUACAGACUUUCUCUGAUGUUCGCCAUCGGUUUCACCAUGUACUCGGUGUUCCAGAUUGUCCGCAGUUUUUGGCUGUCUGCUUGGUCUGAUGAGAACGAACCAUCCCAUACCGGCUCAAAGAUGGGUCUCGGCUACCGGCUGGGCAUCUACGGAGCGUUGGGCGUGGCUGAAUCUCUUUUCUUCUUGCUCUCGCUGGUGGUCAAUGUUUAUGGCGGUCUAUCCGCAUCCCGUCGUCUCCACAAGCCGCUGAUCGUCAAUCUUCUCCAUUCGCCAAUGUCCUUCUACGACACGACACCGCUGGGCCGAAUUCUGAAUCGAUGUGCCAAGGACAUUGAAGUGAUCGACACGCUCCUCCCGAUGAAUUUCCGUUACUUUGUGAUGUGUAUUCUACAAGCUCUUUCCACCCUGGUCGUUAUCGUGUUCUCAACCCCGAUCUUUGCUGUUGUCAUCAUUCCGCUAGGCGCUCUCUACAUCUGGUUUUUGCGCUACUACGUACCCACUUCACGACAGCUGAAGCGCCUCGAAGGCAUCAACCGCUCGCCAAUCUAUUCUCAUUUCGGCGAGAGCAUCCAGGGCGCCGCGUCGAUUCGGGCUUUUGGAAAGGUGGAUCGCUUCGUCGAGAAAUCAGGCGAAACCGUGGACCGCUUCAUCCGCUGCAAGUACCCGAAUAUCGUCUCCAAUCGCUGGCUGGCCAUCCGACUGGAGUUUAUCGGAAAUUGCGUGAUUUUCUUCGCCGCUCUGUUCUCGGUCCUUUCCAAGGAAUGGGGAUGGUCAUCGAGCGCUGGUAUCGUCGGUGUCUCCGUGUCAUAUGCGCUCAAUAUCACCGAGGUGCUCAACUUUGCCGUCCGUCAAAUCAGUGAAAUCGAAGCGAAUGUGGUUUCGGUGGAAAGGGUGAAGGAAUACACCGAAACACCGAAUGAGGCGCCAUGGCGUAUCGAUGGGUACAACCCACCCAAGGGAUGGCCCGGUGCUGGUAACGUGGAAUUUGUAAAAUACGCCACGCGUUACAGAGAGGGACUCGACCUCGUCCUCCAAAACUUCACCGCCAACGUCGAGGCGGGCGAGAAGAUCGGGAUUGUGGGCAGAACUGGCGCUGGCAAAUCUUCCUUUGCGCUCGCCCUCUUCCGGAUGAUUGAGCCGGCCGAAGGGCGAAUCUCGAUCGACGGCGAGGAUUUGUCAAAAAUGGGCUUGCACGACUUGCGUGAGCGCAUCACUAUCAUUCCUCAGGACCCGGUCCUUUUCUCGGGAACACUUCGUUUCAACCUGGAUCCGUUUGGUCUCUCGCCGGACGAUGCAAUCUGGAGAGCAUUAGAAUUAUCUCAUCUGCGGGAGAUGGUCGACAAGACUGAUCGGGGCCUCGAUCAUGUCAUCUCGGAAGGAGGCGAGAAUAUUAGUGUUGGCCAACGACAACUGGUGUGUUUGGCACGCGCUUUGCUACGAAGAACUAAGGUCCUCGUCCUUGACGAAGCCACGGCCGCUGUCGAUUUACAGACGGACAGUUUGAUCCAGAAAACAAUUCGGGAACAGUUUGCCGACUGUACCGUCUUUACCAUUGCCCAUCGACUCAACACGAUCCUAGAUUAUGAUAGGAUCAUGGUACUCGAUCAAGGCGAAAUCCGCGAAUUUGACGCCCCAGACACCUUACUCGCCGAUCGAAACACAAUUUUUGCCAAGAUGGUCGCUGAUGCGGAACAGGAAAACAAGAAAGCA